GUCAUUCUUUGUUAUUUGACACUCUACAGUUAUGUCAUUGUAGAUCAUGAUGGUAAAGCGAAUUACGAAACAUUUUACUAAUUUACCGUGUAUUCUUAAACAUAGAGCGGUAUAAGAUGGCGCUAAAGAAGAGGUGACUUGAACUGACCCAAGUAGCAGUAUGGAUUUCGUUGUUGGUGGUUUGGCGGGAGUCGGCGCGGGGUUCUUUAGCAAUCCGUUUGACGUCGUUAAGACUCGGAUGCAAUUGCAAGGAGAGCUCGUAGCCAAGGGACAACAUUCCGUCCAUUAUAGGAACAUACCACAUGCUAUGUAUACAAUCGUUAAACAUGAUGGGAUGUCUGCCCUUCAGAAGGGUUUGGUACCGGCAUUGUGGUUCCAGUUAGUUGUCAAUGGCACGAGACUGGGUAUAUACCAACACGCUGAUAACUACGGCCUCCUCCGUGACGAUCAGAACAAUACGCUGUUCCUGAACAGUCUGUUCUUUGGAUCUGUGGCUGGGAUGUCUGGUGGCCUGGUUGGGAGUCCCCUGCAAUUAGUGAAGACGCAGCUCAUGUCGUACUCGUCAAGAAAAAUAGCAGUCGGAACGCAGCACGGCCAUCCAGGGACGUGGAAAGCCUUGAGAGAUAUAUACAAGAGGAACGGUUUCUUUGGUUUAUGGAGGGGAGCUCACGGCAUGAUGAUCAGAAACUCCAUCGGAUCCGCGUCCCAAAUAGCGUCUUUUGCUGUGUGUAAGGAGUGGAUGGACAACAACGACGUGUUCCAGCAGUCCAAGUACUUGUCGUCGUUCGUCGCGAGCAACAUCGGCGCCGUCCUCAAAACCAUCGUAUUGACCCCCAUGGACGUGAUCAUGACGCGCCUUUACAAUCAAGCCACCGACGCCUCCGGCCGCGGCGUGUACUAUGACGGCAUAGCGGACUGCGCGCGCAAGAUAACGCGAACUGAGGGGCUUCUCGCCUUCUACAAGGGCAUGGGCCCUUCAUACUUGCGGCAGGCCCCACACACCGUGCUGCUGCUUGUGUUCUGGGAUGUACUUAAAGAUUUACAGAAGACCAUGAACAUUGAUUAAAUAAGUCCUCAAUGUAUUAUUAGUUAGAUCGUUAAAAGCUAUGUGACUUUUAUCUAGUUUGUUUUGUCUAUCAUUGAUUAUAGACGUGUGUGUGUGUGUGUAUGUGUGUGUGACCGGAAGCGAGCGGAUUUAAAUUGUAAUUAACACUAAUGUGUAUUAAUUGAAUUAUAAUGAGAAUAAUUUAAGGUUAAAAAUGUUCUCAGUCGUUGUUAGCAUCGCUAAGGAAAUCUCGUAUUACGGAAGGAUAUUUUUGAAUUAUUUAUUACAAUGAAGGUGCCUUAGUCGUUGUAAGGAAAUGCAGUAUUUUAUUAGCUCGGGAAUAAGCAUUUGUAGAGAUUAAUCAGCCAAAGAGUUCUUUAAUACCAGAUACCAUUGUUUUAAUAUAAUCAUAUGUUACGUCAUGUUAUUUUUUUUUUAUAAUUUAUUGUUUUUUUUUUAAUAAAGACUCCACCAUACAAAACCUCUUUAUUUAUUACAAGUUUAUUAUUUAAUCUGUAUUCGUCCAGUGUUGGAUUCUGUUAUUGUUAUGUCAAAUAGAUAGCUCUGGAUUAUAGAAAUAAACCGUUGCUACAUA